UGAAAGCCGAAGUUCUAAGCUGUGCUUGCCUGCCAUGCAUACCCCUUGUCUCUCGGGUCUGAUCCGACUCCAAGUCUUUCUCAUUACCACCGCUCUCCUCCAAACUACCCUCGCCGACCACGGCCGCCGUCCCGUAGUCACUCCAGCAGCCCUCUUCGCCCCAAAGCGACAAGCGGAAACAUGCGUCGAAGCAACCGACACCAUUUGCGCCGACGGCCUGGGGUGCUGUCCCAUGGGCACGUCCAAGUCCACUCCCACCACCACCACACCAACCCCCUAAAUACUAACUCCUCAAACCCAACAGGUGAGCCGUGCACUUACACCAGCGCCACCAUCCCCAUCUGUGCCGGCAGCUGCGACGCGGCCUCCGUCUACUGCGCCGGCGCCUACUCCAAGGUCUGCUGCGAGGCCGGCAGCUCGUGCGACUACGCCAGCUCCGGCCUCUGCACGGCACAGGCGUUCCAGUUCUCGAGCUUCUCGGCGCCCAGCAUCAUCGUGCCGUCGCUGACGGUGCCGAGCGUCGCGUCUGCUUCGCUCUCGCUCCCGUCGGUGCCCUCGUUCACGCCGUUUGCCCCGACGGCGACGAACCCGGCCACGUUUACGGAGGAAACGCCUGCGGCGACGUCGGAGAGCACGGUGGGGGAGGCGAGCGUGGUCGUGGUGACGGUUACGGGGAAUACAGGGACGAGUGCGGCGGCGAUAACGAGUGAUUCGAUGGGAGUGGCGCAGUCGACGGGAGUGGCGCCAGAUGGGCCGAGGGGGUUGGGGAAGGGGUUGCUGGAGGUCGUGGUUGGGGGGGUGGGAUUGCUGGUUGGUUUGUAGGGAGGCUGAAAGGAGCUGUGGGUGGAAUUGAUGUAUCCUUCUCUAUUUCUAUGAUCUUUUGGUGAGAUGAUGCUCGAGAGGUUGUUGUCCGUGGUUUUUGACAAGCUUCCGCGUACUGAAUUUGAUAAGUCAUAUUUUGAGAGAUUGAUAUGAGUACUCAUUAGUGAGAAGACGAGUUGAAAGACGUGAAAAAGAAGAAAGUGUUUUGGAUGGCUCUGUCUCGCCUGU